AUGAAAAAGCUUCAAGCGGCGCUCCUUGGAAACUCGACCAUUUUCCUGCGCGACCCGACGGAGAUCUCGACGGGGCCGGUCGGUGAAGCCCCCACCCCUUCCAAACACUCGACCAUUUCAGGCCUGGACCAGCUCAUCGCCACUGCCUUCGGUGACUCGUAA